AUGCGUGCAAAAGUUACUCAAGUACUUCAAGAGAGACAUAUGUCAUUGAACCCUGGAUACAAAAAUUCAGGCGCACCACAACCAACUGACGAAGUUUUGUUAAUAAACGAAUUGGUCAAAGAAUAUUUGGAAUGGAACGGCUAUUUGUAUACUGCAUCGGUACUCACUUCUGAGGCAACAAUGCCUGAUACUAAGAAAACUAGAGCAGAAAUGUGUGCUGAAGUUGGUGUUAAGGAUGAUGAAAAAUCUUCGGCAUUACCACUAUUGUCUAACAUUGUGGGUGCCUAUACUGAACGUAUAAGGCGAAAAAUCAGUCGAAUUAAAAAAGACAGCCGG